UGCAAGUCACAAUUCGCAAUUCUUGUGUCAUCCCACAUUCUUGCCUUCAACCGCACUUUGAGAUGAUGUCUAAAAAAGAAGUUAAAUCUUUCGCUGAAGGCUCGGUAGCAAAGCAUCACACGAUUGAAUGGUGCCCACCAUGUUUCGGCGCUAUGGAAGAGAAUAGUGCUGUCUGUCGUGCUGUUGCGGAUGAAUAUGAAUCAAAUGUUCCAGAUGAUGAAAAGCACGUUGUAUCACGAACAAUUCAUCUUCCAGACAUUGAAUAUAAUAGGGGUGGUCGCGUAGUCGAUGGUGGCUGCAAAGAAGAAAGGGUUGUUAAAGCGGCGAAGUACCGCGUAAAGAAAACUCGUCACAAAGAAUCGACCACAUCGACAGUUAAUGAGGGUGGUACCUUUCUGAAUGCCAAUACCAGGCCUCAGUCCGGUGAUACUUAUUAUGGUCGCCGUGCGUCUGAGAAUAGUUCAAGUCACGCUAGUCAGACCGUCUAUACAAAUACACACACCAAAAAAGACGUGUGUACGAACCGUUCUGCCAACCGUCUGGAUCAUCGAGCUUCGCGACAAGCAAAGUGUGCAGAUACCUCGACGCAUAAAUCCGCCGAAUUAUCGCAGGGUACAGCAAGUUUGACCGCUCAUUUGGGAUCUUCGCAUCAGCGGCAGCACGUCAGUACAGAACACGCAGAAAACAAACCCAAAGGAAGGAAAGAUAUGUUCAGUCAAGAUACCGACUCAUCGUUUCAAACAGCAAGGAUGUCAAGAACAACUUAUCGAAUCCAGAUGCCAAUAUACCGUGGGAUUCUAUUUUAUUGGCAGUCCUUUCAUACACAGAAGAACCCACUUGCUACAUCUGCUUAUCGAUGCCAGUAUUCCCAAACGUUUCUCGAUGUGGCCACAUGUUUUGUUGCUCUUGUCUUUUUCAUUAUUUCACGUUUCACGAAGAUUCGAGAGAGAGGUCAUGUCCUGUAUGUGUGAUGGAGUCGAUUCCUUUGCGUGACCUUCGUCCGGUGUUGUUGGUGAGAGUCAGGAACUACGCGCCUGGAGACACCAUCACGUUUCAACUGCUGAAGAGAGCAUCUCGAAAUACGAGGGUGUACAAAGUGGAUCAGGGAGCGCACCAGACAGAUGCACCGAACUCCCUACCAUUAUGGGAGGAAGAGGAUUCUGUCUUCAAUCGGGUGAUGUUGACAGAUAAGGAUUUGGCCAGUUUGCUAGAAGAAGAGGGACAGAACAUAGAUAGAGCCAUCAGAGAAAUGGAAGCCUCGAGUGACGAUGGUGUCAUACCGUAUUACGUGAUGGCCAAAGAAGCAUUUCGUCUUUUGACCCAGCAUAGCUCGGACGAUCCUUCGAAAACCGCGAGUAGCAGUACAAAGCACCGUUUCAAGCAGCUGCCCUCCUGCUCUUUAAACCAAGUUGAUGUUUCCCAUGCUAAAACUGAGGAAGAGAAGCCGUAUCAUUUCUUCUACCAGUGCGAUGAUGGACAGUAUAUUUUUUUGCACAAAAUGUGUCUUUCGUGGCUUUAUAAGGAAUACGAGAAGAAAGAAAGUCUUCCUGUCAAAGUUGAGGGGAGGGUCGUCGACAUAGAAACGCACUACCAGUUUUACGGAAAGAACGGCUAUCUAUGGCACCUCCCAUCUAAUUGCGUCGUCAAGUUCGCACUGAUAGAAAUGGAUUCCGUCUUGAAAGAUGAUAAUUUAACAGGGUUUAAUGAAGAGAAGAGAAAUUUUCAAAAAAAAAAAGCUCGACAAGAGCGGUUGAACCGUCGAAGACAACAAGUCCGUUCGCCUAUCUCCUAUGCAAAUUCUACAAGCAUAGCCUAUCUGGAAGACUAUGAUCCCCCUUCAAUAGAAUCCGAAUCUUUUCCAGAAAUAUCAUCUUCUAAGAAAACCACGGUACCCGUCAAUUACGACAGCGACUGGAUCAAAGUCGGUCCGGGUCCCAUUAUAUCAGCCAACAGACUCUCCGUUACGGAAGAGGCGUUCCCGGCACUCUCCAAAACUCUCGGGAGUCGAACUCCACCAUCUGAGGGCGUAAGCCAUACAGGCGUCUUUCAUGGGAAAUCGUUCUACGAGGCUGUCUGUCAAAAACCUAAUUCUGAAGGCCAAGUAAGGAUAUGAAGCACGUAUGAGAUACGUCACGCAUGAGGAGAUGACCAGAGAAGAAAAUGUGCUCUUGCAUACAUAGUAUAAUGUAGGCACUGCUGACAACGGGGGAUUCAUUUUCUGUACAAAAUGUGUAUGGAACAAAUAUAGAACGCUUUCUAAUACAAGGUGUGUACACAUAUAUAUCGCACAGCUGCACGAAUGCUUUUCUCCAGAGAAAAAAAAUUGUGAAAUGCGUUGAGGAGGACACAUUUGGGCCAGAGAAGAGGGCUGUACGUCUUCUCCUCAGCUUAGCUGAUCUAUGAGCGGCUGAAGUGGAACGAGUUCCUUUUCUGAUAUGAGCUUGAACGUGUCGACAAAGUAGUAAAAAAGCCUGAAACAUUUAUCCAAAUGCUGCCUUGCGUUAUUGGACCUAAUGGCAUCCAAAUGUUCAUAAUAUAUAUGAGCGUAAACGCGAAACAUUCUUGAGACAAUUUUUUUCACCGUUGGGAUAAACGCCUUUGAAUAGACACCAUUUGUCGCGAAGACAGAUUCAUCGUCUAUUUGUGAUGCGACCCAACCGAAAAGCUUUUCGAUGUAGACUGGGGCGCUCAAGGACUCCGCCUUACCCUCCUUCUCAUUUGGCCAAAGGUAGUGGUAUUUGUUUCCGGCGUUCAUUAUCGGGCAUGUCUCCUUCGUACAAUCUUCACAGAUGAACCCAUAUAUAAGAAGAAGAGUGUUGUGCGCUUCUAUGACUAAUAAAAAAAAAGUUAGUGUA